UCACUUCCGAGGCGAACCGGAAGUUGCUUUGUUUUGCUUCAAGAUGGCUGCUGGGAUGUAUUUGGAACAUUAUCUGGACAGCAUUGAAAACCUCCCCUUUGAGUUACAGAGGAACUUUCAGCUCAUGAGGGAUCUCGAUCAAAGAACGGAGGAUCUGAAGGCCGAGAUCGACAAGCUGGCCACCGAGUACGUGAGCAGCGCGCGCAGCCUCAGCUCCGAGGAGAAGUUGGUUCUGCUUCGGCAGAUCCAGGAAGCCUACGGCAAGUGCAAAGAGUUUGGUGAUGACAAGGUGCAACUCGCCAUGCAGACCUAUGAGAUGGUGGACAAACACAUCCGACGGCUGGACACGGACCUGGCCCGCUUCGAGGCAGAUCUGAAAGAGAAGCAGAUGGAAUCCAGUGACUACGACAGUUCUUCCAGCAAAGAAGGCAGGAGCCAAAAGGAGAAGAAGGCCGCGCGGGCUCGCUGUAAGGGCAAGAACUCGGAUGAGGAUGUCCCCAAAGCCACCCAGAAAAAGCUAAAACUCGUGCGCUCAAGUCCUGAAUAUGGGAAGCCCUCAGUGACCUUUGGCAGUGUCCACCCCUCUGAUGUGUUGGAUAUGCCCGUGGACCCCAACGAGCCCACAUAUUGCCUUUGUCACCAGGUCUCCUAUGGAGAGAUGAUCGGCUGUGACAACCCGGACUGUUCCAUUGAGUGGUUCCAUUUUGCCUGUGUGGGACUUACCACCAAACCUCGCGGGAAAUGGUUUUGCCCACGCUGCUCCCAAGAACGGAAGAAGAAAUAGAUGAAGACCAAGACCCAUUUCCACAGCCCCCCGAUCUGGACUUGGGAAGCGAGGAUCGCCUGAGCUAGCGGCCCCGGGGGAGGGGGUGCCCAGGGAAACGUGAAUGGGGGGGCUGCCGUUCCCCCCCUUCUCCUCCCCUCUCCCCCUCCCCCUUCCUGGUGCUGAGGCGGCGCCAGCCCUGGGAGAGCCGCAGCCGACGGCGGGGCCGCGCUCAAACCAUCCUUGCC